UGAAGACAGGCGGCGGUGAAAUCUCUCCAGGAUACAGAGCGCAGGUAGCGGGCGGCCGAGCGGCGGAUCAGCGGAGGUAGUUAGCGAAUGUUUCUUUGCACGGUGAUUAAGGGGGAGGACCAAUGGCAACAAAGGAGACGGAGAGGACGGUAGCUCCUCCUCUCCCUCUCUCUCUCUCUCUCUCUCUCUGUCUCUCUCCCCCUCUGUGCUUUAUAGAUGCAUGUAAUCCCGGAGUUGACCCAGAAAACAAACUCCUCCGACCGCCGAGACGCCGCAGAGUUUGAAAUCCGCCGCAGGGGCUGCAUGUAGCCGGAGCAUCAGCUGGAGAAACGACCCCGGCACUGAUCCAACUUCACCGCACGGACUCCGCAUUCAUACAUCGGGGGUGACAGAGCAGUCAUGGCUGAACACAUGAUGAUGCCCAUGACCCACGGCUUCAGGAUGGGCAUGAACGGACCUCCGCAGCACAACGGCCAGCCCGGUCUGCGCAGUCUGCCCAAUGGCCAGGUGAUGCACUAUGGCAGGAACCCUCAGAAUAGCAUGGAGGCUGCCAUGAGACAGCGGCCGGGCAUGGUGGGACCUGGAGGGAUGGCCGGCCCUGUGAAUGGAGCUCCCAUGGCCAACCACCACCACCAGAUGAUGUCUGGAAACAUGAUGUACAGUGGCCAGGCUCCGCAGCAGCAGCACCACCACAUGCACCCACAGCAGCAGCAGCAGCAGCAGCAGCAGCAGCAGCAGCAGCAGCAGCAGGGUGGACACCCGCAGCAGUACCACCCUGGUAACCUCACCUCUCAACAGCUCAUGGCCAGCAUGCACCUGCAAAAACUGAACACUCAGUACCAUGGACACCCACUAGGCUCAGCCAAUGGCCACCACCUGCCCAAUGGAGCUCAGUACCGGGUGGGUCCAUCCCAGCUAUCAGGCAUGCAGCACAUUGGUGCUCCUUUGGGGCUUAACGGCAUGGACAUAGACCUGAUCGACGAGGAGGUUCUGACUUCACUGGUGCUGGAGUUUGGGUUAGAUCGCGUUCAGGAGCUGCCUGAACUCUUCCUGGGACAGAAUGAGUUUGAUUUCAUAUCGGACUUUGUGUGCAAACAGCAGCCGAGCACAGUGAGCUGUUGAGCAGAAUCAAAGCGGUCAGGAGCUGGUUUUGUUUGUUUGGACUGGACACCCCAAAGAAUGACUGAACGGUCACAGUAGCACAGCAAGAGGAGACAAUCUCUCUGUUCUGUUUGGGUGUUUCUGUGUCUGUGUAUUUGACAGUGUAUAGUACGCCCUCACACUGAAUUGAUGAAGAAUUGUACUGAGAGUAAACGCAGCAAAAGCACCAUGUUCCUCCUCUUUGAGCCGGUGCCAGUAAGAUCUGUCGUCUUUGGCCAAAUUGAGGCAUCCUGAUGCAGCAGGCUCUGUCUGUGCCCAUCUGGCCCUCAGCACAUGUGCCGGCAGUGCCAAGGCUUGUAAUUGUAAACUUAAACACAACAACGGAACGCCUGAAAAGACUAUCCAUCUGGGUCUGCUAGACUCUGUGGUUACUAUAUGUAUUUUAUCUCUGAUGACACCUUCAAACAGUAGCAGACGCUUUACAAAUUUGUAAAAGGUAGUCCUCUGAAUUUGUUUAUACAAGGAUUAAGGGAUUGAAAAGAGAUUUUUUUUUUUUCUGACAAUUUGUGCGCAUAUUGAAGGCUGGCUCUUCAAAACCGAGUUCCUAGAUAAUAUUACACAUUUCCUCGAGGAGCAGGAGAGUGAGGUUGUGCAGCAUUCCAUGGUGACGUGAUGCGGUUUAUCUCGGAUUGGUCGGGUUAACUGUGCCACACUGAUUCUUUAGCUUUCAGUGUCAUUUACCUGACUCUGAUAAAAUCUGCAAUCUUUAAAUGUAUCUUAUCUGUUCCCUGCUAAUGAACUGUGAUUGAACCAUUGGCAAAGUAGCACAUUGCUUUGAGAAUUGGCUUAAACUAAGCAUUGGUCUGUAGAAAAUAUCGCUGAAGUCUCUCUGUUCAAAUUCACACCUUUACUUGCUCAUGGCAAGCAAAUCUUGGGUUACUGCUCAGUGGAAUUGGCAGUUGGAGAAAAUUAUGAGAAAGGUUGGUCUGACACAAGGCCCAAGAAAAGCCAAGCAAAAAAGCAGCCAUCAGAGAGUGAAGUUGUUGGUCACAGAUCUGAGCUGGGAUUUUUUACUAAAACAGGAUUGGUUGAAAGAAAGAAAAAAAAAAAACAGUGAGUGAUUGCCGAAUUUGCAUCUGUGUGCUAUUUGUGUAUGUCCAUGUGUGAUCAGUGCAGUGAGGCAUUUAAAAACCCAUCGACUGGUCCUCCCUAAACCAUCGCUCAGUGUGCUGGAUGUGAUUGGAGGCUGCGUGGGGGGAGCGAUUUUGUUGUGUGGACACAAUGUGUGGACGCAGCACUCCCCGGCACCACUUAGUUUAAUCAUUAUUUAAAGCUGCCGCUACCUGUGGCAUUGAUUUCAUUCGGCAGGAGGAGCGAGCGAAGAGCACAUAGCGUGCAGAGUUGUUGUUUUUGCCAUAGAUUAGCUUACUGUGCUGCUUUUCUACUGAUUAGAUUUAAAUUACAUGUUCUCACACGCUUGUCUUAAUUGAGGUCGGCUUGCACAUUCUCCAGUGUCUCAAUAAUUAUAAAACGGACAUGUUCUGUGGCGCUUUUUUUUUUUUUUUUUUUUUUUUUGUGCAGUUGGUAAUUAGGUUUUUUUGUCAAGGUUGCUGCGUUGCCGCUGCAGGCUGGUGGAGGGAGAACUUCCUGCAGUCGUAAGGCUAUUUGUAGAGCUGUCAGAGAGGUCAGGGCUUCACUGCUGUACUGUGUUAAUCUGUUCCAAUACAACUGUGCUGCUGUCCCUGUCUCUCUGGAGAUCUGCCAUCUCCACGCUCAAGUCAAACAAUGGGCAUUGAAACACUGUUGUAAAAAGGCAGAAAAAGUGCUGGAGAGUUCCUGCUCUGUUUCACUCUCUGCCUGGUGAACUGCAGCCAGACAAACUCACAACCUCACAGUUAAAAUGGAAAUACUGGCCUUAGCAAGACAGUGGCCUCAGAUUACUGCUAUAUCAAUAAGUGCAACCUUCUUGUGUAUUGUAUCUUUGUACUGUAGACUAGAGAUGAAGCUGAUCUAGACACAUUUAAGGUACUUUGGAAAAAAAAACAUUGUCAGAUGUAAAUGUAAAUCAGUGGCUGAUUUUGAUGUGUUGACAACAGAUUAUAUCCUACAUUUUUACAAACAAGUGUGUAGAUACAGUAUGAGUGUACCAAUGGCUUUUUGGGUGCAGGGCCUGAAGCUUUAAGACCAAGUAGACUGCAUGUUAAAGCAAGCGUGAGGGAUGCCACCACUUUCCCACAAAGCAGCUGAGAAUGUACAGUACAUUACAUUGUGGGAACUUGUCUUAAGAUGGUAGAUAAACAUGUGAGAUUGUACUCCUUGUUCCAAAAUUACACGUCAUUCAUUUGGGUAAACCCCUUCCUCCCUCCCCUCCUUCUUCUCCCACUUCCCCAAAGCUUUUGUAAUGUUAUUGAUUCUAUUUUAAGAAAAUGUAUUUAUUUUCAAAUAAAAUAUUUAUUUAAAGAAAUGU